CGUGGACGCAGGAGCAGAGCUGCAAAUUCAAAGAAUUACACGUAACUAGAGUGUUAGGCGGUGACACACACUUCAGCUGUUGCCGAAUCCGUGUGGCAGGCUUUCAAAUGCGACCAUUGGUUUAUUGUCUACUUGGAUGCAGGACGCGCACGUAGCUUCACCAAGAAAGUAGAGAUUGCCAAGUUGAUUAACACAAACUUUUGCCAGAAAUUUUCAACAAAAGACCGUUCGUCGAAGAAGAAAGAAAGAAAACUCGAAAAUAGCGGGAGCUGUUUGAGUACAUGGUUGUUAUGUGUCAGAACACACCGGCUAGAAGGACCGAGUCCUGCGCGCUCUGAAAUCGAAAAGAGAGAAAGGAAGAAAAAUCUGUUUUAGUUUUAUUCACUGGAAAGUGAGAUCGCAGUACAUCAUGACCAUGCGCUGUGUUAUCGUUCUCUGUCUAUUGGGAGCCCAGCUCAUAACGCAUGUGGUGACUUCAUCUAUUGACGAAAUCAUCGCCAGUUCAGCAGAGACAGCAAAUGAAUUCACUUUCUUCCAGCCAACAAACGAAACUUUGUCAGUAAAAGUCGAGCUCGAUAUGCUCUUUACGGCACAGCAAUGGAAGAAAAUCCAGCUAUUAAACAAGACUGGAAAAGGUGUAAAUGGACGAUACAAGAGAAAGGCCAUUCGUUUAGACGAAUACAGAUGGAAAGAAGGUGUCAUACUGUAUAAAAUCGCCAAUGUUUUCACGGAUCAAGAAAAGUCAGAAAUCCGUAGCGCGCUGGAAGAGUGGCAGAAGUUCACGUGCGUGACUUUCAAGAUGGCGUCUGAGUCUGACGUCAACUACGUUUCCUUUGACAACGGGGGCGGGUGUUACUCCUAUGUGGGCAUGAUUGGUGGGAAGCAGCAACUGGGCUUAGCGAAGGGCUGCCGUGUUAAAGGUGUGAUCGUGCACGAGGUGGGUCACGCGGUGGGUUUUCAGCACGAGCAGACGAGGCCGGACCGCGAUGACUACGUUGAAAUCAUCCAGUCAAACAUCCCACCCAACCUCUACUACAACUUCCAGAAGUAUGAGAAAGAAGCUGUGAACGUCUUUGAUGUACCCUACGACUAUGAGAGUAUCAUGCACUAUGGACCAAAGGCCUUCUCCGUCACUGGAGGGGAAACCAUACGAACAAGGGACCCCACAUAUCAGAGUGUAAUUGGUAACAGGAAUGGCCUGAGCUUCCUGGACAUAAAACUGGCCAAUCUUAUGUACGGCUGUAGUAGGAAAGCUAGCUGUGGAGACAUCAGGUGCCCGGGUGAAGGAUUCGUGGACAAAAACUGCAAGUGCAUGUGUCGUGGGAGCCCAGUUCGGGAAUGCUACGGUACCACUCUUGGAACGAAAUCGGAAGUUUCAACAACAGCAGAAAAAAGCAGCACGACUCGAUCCGAGACUGGUGGAUGUAGAGAUUUUUAUUCAUCCUGCUCAAAGUGGGCAGAAAGAGGAGAUUGCGCAUAAGUACUACCCCUCCAAAUGAAGUCAUAUUGCAAGGAAUCGUGCAACCUGUGUAACAGUGAGGUGAAUGAAAACUGCAAGGACAUGAGCAAAUACUGCGGCUACUGGCGCGACAAGGGAUACUGCGAAAAGGAGUACAUCACUUACAUGCACAGCAACUGUGCCAAGACAUGCCAAGUGUGUCAAGCUGAUGAUCCAAAGCGAGAUGUCAGCAAAGGAGAUAAUGUGGGUACAGGUGCUGCACCGAAUAUCGUCCCUUGGCUCACGCAUGUUGCGGCGUGUAUUCUUCUGACAAGUGUGAAAUACUGGACAGACUUCGCCUUCCUUUGCUGUCCUGCACAUGGCUGAUUUGCAUCGUGGAAAGACCUUUCUUUCAUUCUGUACCUGGCAACAACCUCAGAAACAAGGACAUUAUUGACGCCAUCAGCACUGUGGGAGGACAUCAACAUGUAACAAUCACUCUGUGCAUUCCUGCCUUUUAGAAACACUUCUUUGCACUUUGCUUCUUAUGAAGUCGUAAAUACUUUUGAAAAUAUUUGCAAAAAGCAGACGUUUUUACUUACUUUCUCAGUUUUAAAGUGUGUUCAGUCGUGGACCCACCUUUACUAAAACUUCUUGUUAUAUCGCCUGGUCACAUCGUUCUGUUGUCCAAGCCAUCAGACGUUUGUUGGCGUUAUUUUGAAAGACACAAUUGUCUUGCAGACUAUAUUUAUUAUUUCACAGGCAGCUAUAUAUAUACUGUGGUUUUUAAUACUUUUGAACUUAACUUCUAAGAGAGAGAACAGAGAUUCAGACUUUAUUGGCUGGUCAUCGACCCAUACAAUUGGAUUCGUGAGUUUCUCACACCAAGUGCGUGCGUGCGUGAGAGAUUCUAUCUUCGUUUGCUGUAAUGCGCAAUGUGCCGGCCUUGGUUCAUCGGAGAAAUGCGCAAUACAUGUAAUUUGCUAUUAUUUAUUACGUUCUUAAAUAAAAUAUUCAACUACACA